AUGUCUUCCACUCCCCUUGAAACUGCCCUCAACGUCACCACCGUUGGGGUCACCAUCGUCGCACUAGCUGCUAAUCCUGCUCUCAAUGCACUGGCCAGCCUUUCACCACUAGAACAUUUAAAGCGUGGUGAUAAGGAUCAGGCGUCAACCCUCACAAUUCUGGAGGAGAUAGCAGGAAUCAUGGAUGUCAGGGUACACGAUACCUUGCAGAAUGACUACAAUAAGCUUGCAGAGACGAGGGCAGGUCUAGCCAACAUGGGAUCUUUUGAGGCCUUACGAAAGCGCAAGCACCUCAUGAAGUAUGCGACAGACGCUGCACAGCUAAAUGCCGCAAUAAUGAAAUCCGCGGCGAAACUGGUGCGGGCCCGACUCGGAUAG